UUCUAGCGACAGCGACGCAAGAUGGCGGCCACCACGGGCUCGGGAGUAAAAGUCCCUCGCAAUUUCCGACUGUUGGAAGAACUCGAAGAAGGCCAGAAAGGAGUAGGAGAUGGCACAGUUAGCUGGGGUCUAGAAGAUGACGAAGACAUGACACUUACAAGAUGGACAGGGAUGAUAAUUGGGCCUCCAAGAACAAUUUAUGAAAACCGAAUAUACAGCCUUAAAAUAGAAUGUGGACCUAAAUACCCAGAAGCACCCCCCUUUGUAAGAUUUGUAACAAAAAUUAAUAUGAAUGGAGUUAAUAGUUCUAAUGGAGUGGUGGACCCAAGAGCCAUAUCAGUGCUAGCAAAAUGGCAGAAUUCAUAUAGCAUCAAAGUUGUCCUGCAAGAACUUCGGCGCCUAAUGAUGUCUAAAGAAAAUAUGAAACUCCCUCAGCCGCCUGAAGGACAGUGUUACAGCAAUUAAUCAAAAAGAAAAACCACAGGCCCUCCCCCUAUCCCAUUCAAUUUAAGCAGUCUUCAUUUUCCACAGUAGUAAAUUUUCUAGAUACGUCUUGUAGACCUCAAAGUACUGGAAAGGAAGCUCCCCUUCAAAGGCAUUUUAUCUUAAGAUACUAUAAAUGAUAACUAAUUUUUUGUCCAUUUGAAAUAUAUAAGUUGUGCUAUAACAAAUCAUACUGUCAAGUGUAACCACUGUCCAUGUAGUUGAACUUCUGGGAUCAAGAAAGUAUAUUUAAAUUGGUUCCCAUCAUAACUGGUGGGGCACAUCUAACUCAACUGUGAAGAGACACAUCACACAGUCACCUUGCUGCUGAUUACAUGGCCUGGGGUCUCUGCCUCUCCCCCUUUCCCUCCCCCUACCUUCCUCCUUCCUUCUCCCCCUACAACAGCCCUCCAGAUUGGGGUGGCGUAUUAGAAUAGAUGUGAAGGUUUCAGGUCGCAGCCUGUGGGACUACUGCUGGGUGUGUGUGGGUGCUUCAUCUGCACCCCCCCAGUUUCUUUUUUUAAGUCUUAAAUGACUACCCCCUUCCAAGGCAUCAUCCUCUCCCCACUCUCCACUGCCACCCUUGGCCGAAGAAUAGAUUGUAACCCCCUCUGCUCCCCUCUGAAAUUGGCCUUUGAUGAGGAAUUCUUUCAGGGCUCUCCCCAUAUCUCCUCCCCACCCCCACCCGCCACCCCCAAUUGAGGGGUGCUGCUUUUUCCUUCCUCCUCCUGAAGUCCCUUUCUGCACCUUCACCAUCCAACGCUUUCCAUGACACUUCCUUGCUUUGGCCAGAAGCCAUCAGGUAAGGUUGGAAAGAGUCUCUGACCUCCCUUAUUUAGUUUUGGAACCACAUUUCUUUACUCUCCACCAGCCUGGGAAAUGAAAAUUAGGUCCUCAGCCCUGCCACCCUCUGCUGUCAUCGUCAGCUGAUGAAUUUUUUUAGCUCAGGUUUUGAUACAGUGAAAAGAACACUCACCAGGGUUUCUCAGACCUGCCAGCUCUCAAAGUCCUUGGUGGUUAAACUUGGAGAAAGGCCACAUGAAGACACUUGUAAGCACACACAAUCCCUCUGAAUGAAUUGUUUUCUUAUAAUUGCUUUUGCUUUUAAAAAUUGAAGACAUUUAAACAGGGCUCUCAUUUGGUCAUCCUUGCAAUCCAUUUGGGUCUAGUUUGGACUCUGACAACUGGAACAAAAAUAACCUUGAAUUCGGGGCACACUUCGGUUUUGGUGCUGCUGCCUCUGACGAGCCUCAGCAGGGGAACUCGGUGUGCACAGCAGAUCCUGAAAUUGGCGGGCUUGACUUCCUGACAAAUUGCUGCGUUUUCCCACUUUUCUGUUCAGGACCACUAAAUGCUAAAAUGUGGAUGCAUACCGAAAUAAAAGCAAGUCAUUGUGUCCUAAAAAAAAAAAAAAAA